UGCAAAGUAUUAGAGAAUACCAUGCUACGAUGGACUGAAGAGGCCUGAGUUUUCUGAGGCUUACUAAAUGACUUUUUUCUUUCUAGAUUGUGACCUAUGGAGAAGAAUACAUAAGGGGAUAAAUAUGGCUUUUAAGGGUGAGGACCACUUAGAUUCCCUUCCUUUACCUGUUCAGCGCAUGCAUUUAAUUCAGGUGGACUCUGUUCAGCGGUGGAUGGAAGAUUUGAAGUUGAUGACAGACUGUGAAUGCAUGUGUAUUCUCCAGUCCAAACCGAUCAGCGCUGAGAAAGAUGAACAAAGUGAACUCAUCCUUUCCUCACAGUAUAGCACAAGUGAUAAUUUACAGCUGCUAUUAAAAAGAGCUUGGAUAAUAAGCACUGAGUUGACCAGGAUUGCUCAGAAGUUGGAGAAGAACAGAUGGCAAAGAGUCCACAGCAUGACAGUAAGAGUCAAUUGCCAUGUACGUUCCAUGAUAAAUGAAUACAAUGCAUUUACCAGGAGUUCGUCAGAAGAAAUGAAUCAGCUGGAAAACCUUUUAAUAGACAAGUGUUCAGAAUUUACGGCAUUUACAGAAAGGUGCAUACAAGUAGAGGAUGAACAGAUGCUGAAGUCCAUGAAAUCUUGUAUUAAUGAAACGCUCACUACUGUUGCUCAGUAUUUUGGCCAGUUGAUAGAGCUGGUUCUAACACAUGAAGCACAGAACCUGCUGAGACAAAUAGAAUCGUCGGAUAGCGUGUACAUCACUGAGUCAGCAAUUAACAGCUUAUUCAGCCUCACCCAGGAAGGUACUCAUCUGUGUCGUAUCAUAGCCAAGGAAGGAGGUGUCGUUGCCCUCUUUAAGAUCUGUCGACAGGAUUAUUUCAGGUGCCUUUAUCCCCAGACACUGAGAACACUGGCAUCUAUUUGUUGUGUAGAGGAAGGGAUGCACCAGCUGGAAAAGGUCGAUGGAAUACUGUGCCUGGCUGACAUUCUUACUGAUAACACCCAUUCAGAAGCCACUCAUGCAGAAGCAGCGGCAGUAAUUGCACAGAUCACAUCUCCACAUCUCACAUUCACUCAACAUCUCAGCAGCUUUCUGGAAAAUAUGGAAGAAAUUGUAACUGCGCUUGUUAAACUGUGCCAAGAAGCCUCAUCUGGUGAAGUUUUCCUGCUGGCUUCAGCAGCUCUUGCCAAUAUUACUUUCUUUGAUACCAUGGCUUGUGAAAUGUUGCUUCAGCUAAAUGCUAUGAAGAUUCUUCUAGCAGCGUGUUCAGACAAACACAUAGUGGAUACUCCAUAUUCCCGAGAUCAGGUGGUAACAAUAUUGGCAAACAUGUCUGUCUUGGACCAAUGUGCUUCAGAAAUCAUUCAAGGAAAUGGUGUUCAACUUUUAAUGGAAAUGCUCUUUGAGAGGUCAUCUUCAGGAAAUUCAGCAGAAGUUGCCGCUUGUGAGCGAGUUCAACAGAAAUCUGCAGUUACACUGGCACGACUCAGCCGGGAUCCUGAAGUGGCAGAUGCAGCUGUAAAACUCAGCUGUAUUCCUCGCCUAAUUAAACUUUGCAGAUCACCAACUGAAAGAAAUAACAGCGAUUCCGUCUUAGUAGCAUGCCUGGCAGCCUUACGAAGACUAGCAGUUAUGAGUCCUGAUCGACUUGAAGAUUCAGAUUUUCAGCAGUUAGUAAAGCCCAGGCUUGUGGAUUCCUUCCUACUAUGCACAAAUAUGGAAGAGAGCUUUGUAUAAAUGUGAGCCAAAAGCAACCUAUCCUUUGAAAAACAAUCAAGAUAAUACAUAAUGAGAUAGUACAUACUCAGUUUUACUUAGAUAUAGUCCUAUUGUUAUUUAUGACUUAUUUAUUUUAAAACCAUGAUCAUAUGGCUUGUGGGGAAAAGAAAUAGAAUAAGCAAACUUAUUUCUGUGGUUUGUAAAGGUAAAUUUUUUAAAAAAGCAAAACAACAACACAAAAACUUCCUAUACUAAGGCAUGUUAGGAGAUUUUA